AUGCCCGCAUACCACUCAGCAUUCAACAACGACCCCUCGGUGCAGACGGUGGGCAACACGGGCCUCGUCCCGUUCAAUGCGACGAAAGCCCGAGGAGCGGCUCCCAUCCCCGCCGACCCCUCGCAGCCGGACAUCAUCGAGGAGGCUCUGGACCUGUUCCGAGCUAACUGUCUCUUCCGCAACUUCGAGAUCAAGGGUGCCGCUGACAGGACACUAAUCUACCUUAUUCUCUUCAUCAGCGACUGCAUUGCGAAGCUGGCGCCGACCGCCGGCCGUCCCAGCCCCGGAUAUGGCGAGGCGGGCAAGAAGCUGCACACGCUCGCCGUCGACUCGUUCGCCCUUCCCGGAGAAGCUGGCUUCCCCCUCAACUCCAUGUACCACCCUCCGGCGAACCGAAAUGAGGCUGACAUGCUGAGGUCUUACCUCACGCACGCCAGGACGGAGCUCGCCCUCCGCCUCGUCGACCGCCUGUACCCGGAGGAGCAGGUGCUCGGCCCCGACGGCCAGCCCACUGGUCAGGUCGGACCCAGGGCCGCCCAGCCGAGCAAGUGGUGGAUGGCGUUCCAGAAGCGUCGAUUCAUGGGUCGCUCGCUCAGCAGCUAA